AUGGCAGAUGUUAGUGGAACCAUCGAGAGCGUGGACUCAAGACCCAGACUACCUGGGGGUGUGAUUCUGGUCCUGCUACUUUACUGCUCUGGAACCUCAGACAAGACAAUGGCAUCCUCCAUCACGUGGGGCCUCCUCCUGCUGGCAGGCCUGUGCAGUCAAGUCCCUGGCGCCAGGCGUCAGUCCAGCCUUGAUAUUUAUCACUACGAUCUCCCACACUUCUCCAGCUUCGCCUUCAGCCUGUACCAUGAACUGGCCCGUCAGUCCAACCACAAAAUCAUCUUCUCCCCAGUGAGCAUCGCUAUAGCCUUUGCGAUGCUCUCCCUGGGAACCAAAGAUGAUACUUACACCCAGAUCCUGAAGGGCAUAGGCUUCAAGUUUAAGAAGGCGCCUAAGGCUGAUAUCCACAAAGGCUUAGGGAGUCUCCUUGAAACCCUUAAGCAGCCAAACAAUCAGUUCCAGCUGACCACCAGCACUAUGCUAAUCAUUGAUAAGAAUCUGAAGCAAAAGCCUGAGUUUUUGUACAAUGUCAAGAAGCUGUACCACUCAAAAGCCCUCUCCAUCAACUUCAGGAACAUCAAAGAGGCCAAGAAAGAGAUCAACCAUCAAAUAAAGAUAAGAACUCAAGGAAUAAUUGUGGAUUUGGUCAAAGAACUUGACAAAGACACGGCUCUUGCUCUGGUGAACUACAUAAUUUUUGAAGGCAAAGGGAAGGAUAAAUUCGAGGCUCAACGCUUCCUAACAGAAGACUUCCAUGUGAACGAGAAGAUCACGGUCAAGGUGCCCGUGAUCAACCACCUGGACAUGUUCCAGUUCCACCUGUACCGAGACAGUUCCCUGCACCAGAGGUUGAGAGCAGAGAACAGGAGGAACUGGUCUAGAACAGGUCAAACAGAUCCUGAGGGCCAGUCAGACCCUGCUCGGGGCCACACCUUGUCCCCAGCGAAAACUAGAGCUGAGCUCCCAGUCCUGGGCAGUCACUCAUUCAUGGAACAGAUGUCACUCAGGACCUGCCACCACGCCCCAUGGUCCUCUGGGAUCCUGGCCCCGGAGGAGUCUCAGUCUGGAGGGUUUGUCAAUUUACAUUUGCCCAAACUGUCCAUUUCUGGAACCUACGAUCUCAAAACUGUCCUAUGCAAACUGGGCAACAAGGUCUUCAGCAACAGGGCUGACCUCUCAGGGAUCACUGAGGAAGUGCCUCUGAAGCUGUCCAAGGCCAUUCAUGAGGCUGUGAUGAGCAUCAAUGAGAAUGGGACAGAACAUGCUGGGGCCACCCUCUCAGAAGAGAGUGCCUGGUCUGAGCAUCUGACCAUCAACUUCAACAUGCCCUUCCUAAUCAUCAUCAAGGAUGAAAACACCAACAUUCCCCUCUUCAUGGGAAAGGUGGUGAAUCCCAUGCAAAAAUAA